AAAGUGAUUGGGGCAAAGGCCAAGGUAGCAGAAGCCACUGAUUUCCUGUCACCUGGUAUCUAUGAGAGGCCCCAGACCUGCCUUAUGUCACUCACCCCUGUGUACGUGAGACACCAGCAGUGGAAGUGAACUCAGCAGCAAGCAUCUGAAUCAGCCACACUCCCCAAGGCCUUGGACACUCAGGAAUUCUGAGGGUGAAAUGACAACAUCCAGAAAUUCAAUGAGUGGAACUUUCCAAGCAGAUCCUAUGAAAGGCCCUACUGCCAUGCAUCCUGUUCAAAAAAUAAUUCCCAAAAGGAUGACUUCAGUGGUGGGCCCUACACAAAACUUCUUCAUGAGGGAAUCUAAAACACUGGGGGCUGUCCAGAUUAUGAAUGGGCUCUUCCACCUUGCCCUAGGCGGUCUCCUGAUGAUUCACACAGAUGUCUAUGCACCUAUCUGUAUAACUUUGUGGUACCCUUUCUGGGGAGGCGUUAUGUAUAUCAUUUCUGGAUCACUCCUGGCUGCAGUGGACAAAAACCCCAGGCAGAGUUUGGCCAAAGGGAAAAUGAUAAUGAACUCAUUGAGCCUCUUUGCUGCUAUUUCUGGAAUAAUCUUUUUGAUAAUGGACAUAUUUAAUAUUACCAUUUCCCAUUUUUUUAAAAUGGAGAAUUUGAAUCUUGCUAAACUUUCCAUGCCAUAUAUUAACAUACACAACUGUGAACCAGCUAAUCCCGCUGACAAAAACUCUCUGUCUAUACAAUAUUGUGACAGCAUACGAUCUGUUUUCUUGGGCAUUUUUGCCGUGAUGGUGAUCUUUACCUUCUUCCAGAAACUUGUGACAGCUGGCAUUGUUGAGAAUGAAUGGAAAAACCUGUGCUCCAAACCUAAAUCUGAUGUAGUUGUCCUGUUAGCUGCUGAAGAAAAGAAAGAACAGCCGAUUGAAACAACAGAAGACAUGAUGGAGCUGACCGAAGUACCUUCCCAACCAAAGAAUGAAGAAGAGAUUGAAAUUAUUCCUGUCCAAGAGGAGGAGGAGGAAAUGGAAAUAAACUUUCAAGAACUUCCCCAGGACCAGGAACCUUCACCAAUAGAAAAUGACAGCAUUCCUUAAAUGA